UUAAAAUUUUUGUCAGCUGAACUUAACGAAGCUCAGAGAAGCGAAGGGAUUAAAAUUACUGACAUAUUUUAACAUUAUUUCUGCCUCAAAUAUAAUCCGUUUUCAUAGUAACGCUCUCAUUGGCAAAAGCAAAACACCGAAAACGUGCUACGAUUCGCUAAAGAAAGAUUAACUUGGGGAUUAAUUUUAACAAAGGAGGUUUUAUGCGGGGCUUUCAGCUCGGAUUUACUUGCGUUCGGCUGUGAAUUUCGUUUUGUAUAAAGUUGGAUUUAUAAACUCAAUUUUUUAACUCAAUAUGGAUGAACAAAACUCUGGGUUUAUCCUAUGUGAUAUUAGUUUCAAUGGCCAACUUAUAGCUGAUGUUAAAUUGCCUCGUGCUUGCAGCAUGGGGAAUAUAGUUCAGGGCUUGUGGCUCGACGAUAAUUUUCGAAAGACAGGCUUGGAGUAUUUGAAAACGAAGGAGGAGAGAGAAUCGCACAACAAGGAGGGUGAAACGAGCAAAGUUUCGAAGAGUUUUGGUGGAAUUGAUCGCUGUAUAUUACGCGCAUAUGUUGCUAUCCGUAUCAUGCCAGUGUGGAAAUGGCUGGAAUUUAAGGAUUUCAUUGUUGAUUUUGAUAAUAAGAAAGAUUGCUAUACAGUUGGAGAUGUGCUGGGAACCUUGUGUACUGGAUUGCACAAACCGGUGCUGAGGAUUGUACCAAAAAGCGAAAAUGAGGCAGAUGACCAAGAAGUGAAAAACAUUGUAAACAAUCUUCUGAAAACAAAAUCAUUAGCAACCCUUGCAGCUGCAGAGUGUCCACUAUCCAACGGAAUGCUGAGUCUGAUAGCCCAGGGUAAGUAUACCAGUACAAUUGGUCAUGACAAAUGCCAGGCAUUCAUUCGUUGGUUGCGCCGACAAGACCUGGCCAAUGAGGCAAACGCUGAGGAACAGGUCAAAGCACCAAGACCAAACCAGCUUCAGUCUCCUUCAGCAAGUAAAAAUACCAAACCAAGGAUAACAUUCUCACAGAAUGAAAUUGACAACCUAACUGAGUGGUUUAAUGAAGACGAACGGCCAAGUCGAGAGGUCAUGCGUCAAUAUACAGACAUUCUGAACAUUCCAAGACAGAUGGCCUCUGUUAGAUUACUAACACCUGAGAGCAUAUAUUUCUGGUUCAAAAACCAACGAUCCAAAAGAAGAAGAGAGGAACCGAGCAUUCUCGAACCUUGGGAGAAAGACCAACAAACAUCUGGGGAUGUGAAAACACCUGACGUUGCUAAGACAGAAGGUGAUGUCCCUCAGGUCACCAUGGCAACUAGUUACACACCAGCCAUUGGGGGUACACCACAAAUAACCAUGGCAGUUGGGGAUGUGGAGGGAAAUGGUGGUACUGGUACACCUGUAGCUAUGGCAAUUACAAGUACUGAAGAAGGUAGUGGUGAGAUUCGUAUGCCAAUCAAUGGUCUGGCUACCAUGCUUGCAAGGUAUUCUCCACAGACGAAGCAAGGAGGUUAUAGUGAGUCGCCAACAAAGGCUCGAAAGAUACCCAAAUCACGUGUCACAUUUGACCCACAGACUGAACUAAGCAGCCUUAAUGCAUGGUUCAAUGACAAUGAAAGACCUGAAAAGGAGAUCAUUGAGGAAUACACAAACAUAUUAAACAAAGCCAGGUCACAGAAAUCAAAGAGGAUGUUGACCACAGAUAGUAUUGCCAUGUGGUUCAAGAACAGGAGAGCAAAGAGAAGGAGAAGUGAAGGAGGCAUUGUCUAUCCUGAUGAUAACAGUUUCACUGGUGACGGUGAACAAGUGGUGCAGACCAUUCAUGAUAUUGAGGAAAGUAAAUUGAACAAUGUGACUGCAAUUACAAGUGAAACAGCUACCACAGAUGAAUCUGCUGCAAUGGAUGUAACAAUAACACCUUCUGUAGAUAUACCUGUUGUUGCUGAUGUAAAUAAAUUAUCAAAGGCAGAUCCUUCUGAUGCCUCUGCCGACGAACCAGUAACCGAUAGUGAACAAAAUAUGUACACAGCAGAAGUUGUCUUGGUGAAAACACAUGAAGCACAGUAGCCUUUAUCAUGCAUUCAUGUCUUCCAGCAGAAGACAAAACAUUCUUGCAUUUUGAGAUUCUUAGUUGACAGAGAGGCUUUUAGUUUUUAGAUUUUUAACAUAGUAUGAAUGAGUUGUUUCAUUUUGUACCUUAUAUUUUAUGUUUGCUUGGAAAUAACUGUGGAAAUAUUUUAGUUGCUGGUGUGAUCCUAUAGAAUAGAGGUUAUCAAAUCAUUAAAACAUUUUGUAAUGCCUUGUCAAUGGAGAUUUGGUU